GUCUUCUGUGAAGAAAUGCUGAGGAAGGUGAGCGGCCAGUCAGCCAGCCACGUGCAGCUCUCUGUUGCUAUGGAUGCCUGUGCACGUAUUAGAGGAGUCCCCAUAAGGUCCAGGGCCUCAGUCCGGAAAGAGACUGUGCGUGAUGGUGGGCCGCAGUUUGUGAAGAGCCUCUUUAGGAAUAAGAAGGAGCUAUGCAGCGUUUGCAUAGAGCUGCCAACCAGAGACACCACAAGACUGACAGAGAUUCAUUUUGUGUGUCUGCCUGGGCAAUGUGAAGGGGACGAUGUCACCCAGCAGGCUCUGUUAUCUAUGCCAGGAGGGCUGUGUGAGCUUCUCCGGUCCCUCCACGUUCACAGCCUCAAGAAUGACGAGGUUCUGCUGCUCAAAGACUCCCGCAGGCUGGCAGAACACAAGGACGCUAGGCCUCAGUGUUGGUUAAAGGCUGUGUGUGUGCUUAGACAGAAUCCCAGCACUAGCUUCUACCCUCAGGCCAGUGUAGCCUCUCUGGCAGGCUUGCUGGGGUGCUACAUGGCAGGCGUACGCUAUGCUUUGGAGCUCCAGGCUCUUCAGAGGGGCACAGCUGAACCUAGCCAGGCAGAGGAAGAUGACACCAACCAGUCGGUCUCAUCAAUCGAGGACGACUUUGUCACAGCCCUGGAGCAUCUGGAGGAGGAUGACACAGGAGACAAUCCCUCUGCAGCUUCCUAUCACCAUUUUAAAAAGCGUGAUGUGGCAUCACAGACAAUCCCAGCCCACAAAAGAAAAAAAGAAUUAUCAGGCUCCCGCAUUAUCAUAAGCUCAAUUUCGAAGAAGAAUUCAGCCAAACAUAGUCCAGGUCCGGAUGUUUCUGUCACAGUGCAGAGGUCAUCAAACGUGGAAUCCCAAUGGACUUACUGCAGUCCCGGAGCUCGUCUCCCCUCGCCGUUGUUCAUGUGCAGUGAAUCGGAAGACUCUGACUGCUCCAGCCCCAGCCCAAUAAUUUUCCUGGAUGAGGUGAGCUACCAGAAGAGCCUGCUGGCCAAGCUGGAUAUCCCCCAGGUGCCAGGGGGGCCCAGAGAGCGAGUUGAAGACUCAGACUCUGAAGUCAGUGAAUUCUUUGACAGCUUCGACCAGUUUGAUGACCUGGAGGAGCUGAGCUCGGAGAACUGCACUCUUGCACCGCCUUUGGACGGCAUCAGUGCCCCAACCACACAUAACAAGACAGCAUUCAAAUAUGUUUCCAGGGGCUGCUCAACAAAGGGUAUGAAUCCUCACCGCUUUGACCACCCCACUCUCCCAGCCAAUGUGAAAAAACCCACUCCUCUGAAACCAGGCUCUCCCUACUCUCUUCACUCUGAGGUGCCUGACUCUCCUCGACCAAUGCAGACCCCAUCUGAGGAGAAUGGUGGCCCACUAUUCAGUCCUGUCAGCUCCUCUGCCUUCAGUCCCCUGGUGGACUCUAGUGGACCACUGGAGUACUUCUGGAAGGCAGAUGAAGAUGGACGGGACAGCUCAGAGCUACGUAAACCCCAGGAUCUCUGCUCACUGUAUAAGACUUACUCAGACUUUGCCAGCAGUCUUUCCAAAGAAAUUCUAGGAUCUGUAUGUGGCUUUCAGUCCGCCGUUGACAUCAGUAACAACAAGAAUCUCAGCUGCGUCUGCCACAAGGAAUUUGAGAACCCCUCGGGCUACCUGAUGAAGCUCUCAGAAAUACAAGAGACUGUAACAGUGGCCACGCUGCAGAAGAAGUCCCAGUCUCUGAAGGAUGGCAUUCAGAGGUUUGCCACUGACCUGGUGGAAAUGAGCUUGGGCAGCGCCUUGCGAGACCUUCAAAAAGGCGUAUCCUCCUGUACCACCACCUUGUGUCACCUAGCUGCCAGGCUCACCUCCUCAGUGUUUCAGAUGGCCUUCCAUGAGAUUGGCAUGCGUCAUGCGUAUGUGUUGAAAGAACGAGCAAUCAAUGGAUUAGCUGGGUUCCUGGUUGGAGAGGCUGUGUCUGGGGCGCUGAAAGACUUCCUGAUUGUGAAAAAGCAGAUGUUCCACAGCACAGUGACACGUUUCGCUGCUGAUCUGGCUGAAGAGCUGGUGUUUGAAGGAAUUAUGGAAGUGUGUCAGUUCUCCCACCCCUCAACCCCUCGCACUCCUAGUGAUUGGUCAUUUAGCCACGGACAAAAGGAGGAGGAGGAAGAGGAGGAAGUGGUUUCUUCCUAUGCGUCAGACUUGUCUGAGUCAGUUAUCCAAGAUGCCUUCAUAGAGCUCUCCCAGGCUGAUGUUUCCUUCACUAGCCAAGCAGCUAUUAGUGUGUCUCUGGACAACAUCUGUUAUGUCAGUGCAGAGAACACUAGCACUCAAACCUCCAGUACCUUUACUAACCAGCAAGUUUUAAGUUCUAGCUCAGCUGCAGGGGUUCCAGGGCCUUCAGGAGAGGAUCCUACCUGCACGGUAAAGAAAGCCCUGUUCACUGUAUCAGGCAUGGCCAGCUGUAUUCCUGUGCCCCAAGCAGGCCAAGCCCUCUCCCACCUCCAGGAUUCUGAGGAGACCGAUCAGUGUAAAUCUAGUUUGUCAGAUACCCCACAGGCCAGCCCCAAAAGAGUAGCUGUAUGUUCCUCUGACACCGCCACAUCUACACAAACUCACCUUUAUAGUCAUGGAACUCAGACCCCGUUACCUGGAGAAGACCCCUCUCAAGGAAAGUCCUCAUUCCAAAACUUCUCUGGCAACAUGGUGGAUAUGAUAGUAACUGAGGCGUGUGAGCUAAUCACUGCUUCUAAGAUGAAGAAGAGUUUUGGUGACUGUGCUGAGUUCUUUACAAAGACAAUCGGAAGCAGAAGAGAUUCUUCUUGUAAGCAGGAAAUGAUUAACUAUGAGGCUCCAGAUUCCCCUACAAAACAGGGAGCUUGCUUCAGAUAUGACUGUAGAGAUUCUGGGUAUGUUAGAAACGAUGCCACUGUUGAGCAAGCAACAGACCUUAGCAUUCCUCACUUUUCCUUUCAGACAGGCUCUCAAAGCCAAAGGAGAGCCAGCUGUGAGUUAGACCCCAGGACCAGAGGUGUGGCUGAAACACAUCCUGUGAUGAUGCAUACUCUUGAUGUACCGGGCACCGAGAUGAGUGGACAAAGGAGGAUAUCUGUUCCGGGGGAUGACUCGGCUCCAGGCUCUGGACAAAAAUCAGGUGGGACUCCCGGCCCUCCUCCUUCUACACCUCAGCAGCCCAGUGAGGUAUCCAAAGAGAAACAGAUAAAACAGUUCUCCAAGAAGCUGAAAAGCAAGCUGGCCAAGGAAUUUUCCCCUGCUACCCCCCCACCUACUCCUCACUAUCAGCCUGAGCCUGGCCCAGGGCCAAAAGAUAUCACCCCUGAGGCAGACAAGGCUGAAUUUAUGCUCAAACUGAUGAGGUCUCUCUCUGAGGAGGCAGAUGGCAAUGAGGAUGAAGAGGUGGAAGAAUUAGCAGAAGAAGGUGGUGUUGGUGGCACUAACCGAUGUUUAGAGACAGUGGGUGGCCGGCAUGAAUCAAACCAGAUGUCCGCUCGCAGAAUGUCCAACAAGGAAGCUCUCCAUUAUGCUGAGCGGUUGGCUUGCCACAUUGUCUCCAUGGCAACAGAGAUGGACACCCUGGGUGGGGCAGAGGAGGAGGGAGAGGGAGAGGCAAGCAAGGGCAGCGAAAGAAGGAGAAGAGACAGUGUGGCUCAGUUCUCAGAGCAGACCCUGAACACCUUGUGGGUCUAUGCCGGGGAGGUGGCGGGAGAGGUCAUCAAUGAUGUGAAGAGGAUGGUGAGCUCAGCACAGCAGUGUCCAUAUCACAGAGAUGUCAGAAGAAGAAGUUUUGACAGAUCUAGCUCUGAAUGUCUGCAUCACCACCCCCAACACCAGUCUCAACCCAGUACAGACCAGAACAGAGACUGGAGGGUAGGGAGGUUGGGUGAUCAAUGGUCUAAUGACCUGAUAGCCUCUGUCUUCCGAUCUCCUACCUCCACUUCAAGCACCAUCUCCAGCUCCAGCUCUGGCAUGUCCUCGGAGUAUCCUAGCUGUGAGAGUGUGACAGAUGAAUAUGCUGGCUACCUCAUCAGGGUACUGAAAAAGGAAGGAGGCAAUAGGGAGUUGGUCCUGGACCAGUAUGCGAGCCGUUUGGCCUACCGCUCCAUAAAAUUGGGCUUGGCUCAUGCCAGUCGCAAGAUCAAGCAGAGAUCCUCUAGCACCCGCCUUCACUCGUCAAGGUCGCUGCCAGAUGAAUGGAAAGGUUCUGGUAGUGAGGCCUCGUCACUCAAGGACAGAUUUGAAACAGUGGUUAGUCCCUCAGAUGGGGAAGCUCAGUGUUGUUGCAGGGACUCUGAAGAGCAGAAUCAGAAGGAGUAUGUUGAUCUGGUGAACUUUGCAGAGUCUUUAGCUUACAACAUCACCUGUGAUGUCACACGCAAGCUGCAUCUUUCCUCUGUACAACUGCCCAAGUCUCUCACUGACUCCUGUCUUUAUAAGAAGUCCAAACUUGAAGACAUGGCAGAGAAUCUCAUCAGGAACUCCUUCUCCUGCCCCCUGUUGUCCAAUGAGGGUAAGAGCAGGCAUUACCACAGUACAGGAAGCCUGUAUGAUGGAGGCUACAGGAGUAGGGUGAUGCAGGUCAUCGAGCAUUAUGCCAGAAAAAUAGUUGAUGACACUUUGAAGAUGAGCAUGGCUUCAGUUGGACAUUCAUCCCGGGAGCACCAGAGGACCCAAGGCCAUGACAGACACUCUCACACCCAGAGGUUGUCUGAGGGACCAUCUCUAGGACAAGCUCUGGGGGAGAGGACAUGCCGUUAUUGUCAGGUCCAGGAGUGCCCGUACUGCACCAAACCUAGCAGACACCACCACCAGCCUGUAUUACAGAGGAGGAAAAGGGGCCCGGAAUGUCAGCCAAGGGCUGAGCGGCUCCCUGGCCUGGAGAUUCCCAAGAUCCACAUUGACCUGGACCACAGGGCAGUGUUUGCAGAGGAGAUGGUGUCCAUGGCAAUGGAGACGGCUAAACGUGAGUUGAGCAACACCAGCCUUAAUGCUGACAGUGGAAUCGGCCAUGAUGGAACCAGCUAUGCUGAGAGCCUAACUGCUGAGAUCAUGACGUCGGCCCUGUCCAACAUGUGCCAGACCGGCAACAUCAGCUUUCCAGGUAGGGAAGCCACGGAGUCGUCUGUGUCCCAGCAGCUGAGUGUCGGAGACGACAGUCUGGGCAGCUGGUCUAACCUGAGCUUUGAGGACGAGCAUCCAGACGACAACAGCAGCUUCCUCCACCUCAGCGACAGCAGCAAUGGGAACAGCAGUAGCUGGAGCAGUCUGGGCCUGGAGGGGGAGGCGUGUGAGGAGCGCUUGUCAUUCUCUCCCUCUGACAGUGACAAUACAGAGGACAAGGAGACUGAGGUCAAAGAGGAAUCCAGUGGGACGCUGUGUGUGGACAGGACUCAGGUGCAGGCACCCCGCACCGCACUGGUCGUAGUGAACUCGGACAUCAGGGAGCUCGGGCGUGGCCCUCAACACGUGACCCUCGACCCUCAGCUCAGGAGCCUGCUGCAGUGGGUGGCGGCCUCCAUGGCCGACAUCCCGCAGAUCCAGCUGAGUCCUGACCGAGAGCUGCAGCAGCUCCCAGCAGUGGUCCAGAGGCUUCGGGAGAGGAAGUGGAGGGUGGGAGAGCUGCUGCACACGCUGAUGCGCUACAGUGAAGAGGGUCAGACACACAGUCAGGCCAGAGAGGAGGCACUGCAGGCGGGCAGAGAACCUCACCGCAUCCCCCUCUUCCAGUGGCUCCUGGAGCACGCCUAGGGACACUACACUCCUCUCCUCAUCUCCUUUCCUCUCAACUCCCCUUGCCUCCUCCUCUUCCCUCUUCUUUUCUUCUCCUCUCCUCUCUUGUUUCCUCCCCUCCCCUCCUUUCCUCAGUUCCAAACAGGGCUUUGCAACCUCCCCAGCCCCUAGAGGGCACCAUACAAAUCCUCUGAGACUUGCUGUGCUGAAUGUGGGCAGCGUGUGUUCUGCAUUGCAUGCUGUGACCAGGAGUACUUCUGUUGUCUUUUAUUUUUCCUUCCAUGUUCUGUUUCGUUGCUGCACUUUUCCCCACGUGUUGAUUUAGUGAGCCGUCUCUCCCGCACACCUACACUUGUGACUUAAAGCGCUCACGCCUUCGUGCGUGAGCUGCAGAAAGGGAAGGAGCGAGAGAGACCCCUCCCAUGAGUUCCAGACAGAGAAGAAAUGCAGUGAGAGAGAAUGUUAGGGAAUCCCCAUAGCUGCUGUGCAGAUGAUGUCAUCACACACCCACAGCUCACCUCUGGCGUUCCCACAUGUUAAGAGACCAACUGUGCUCACACACCACACCCUUGUGUUAUCAGAGGGAAUCCAAGACCAACUGAAACUCCAUCAACACCUUACACUACUCUCCCCGGAGCGUCCAUUACUGUAUUGAUCCUCAGGAGGACGUGUUCUUCACAGCUCCACUGACGCUCGUCUCUGAAGGAGCGUGUGAUGACGGACGUGCUGUCGUGCACACAGAGGGAUCAAACGUGCAGUUCAUCUCCAGUAUUUGUAUUAGUUUGAUGGAAUAACUGAAAACACUGCUGACUAGCCUCAAUGUCCUGGUUGUCAAACUUAGUAAAAUACCUGGGGUGGGGGCGGUAUUUAAAGAAAGUAUAUUUUUGAUGAGUCUAAUCAAACAUGAAAUGCUGCUUAAAGCUAUGAAAGAAGCCACGGUGUUGGCUUAAUGUUGCCAAAUGUAAGUCAGGUGACUCCUCCCCCAUCUGUGUGCGAGCGGUCAGCUGUGGCCCCCGUCCAGCUCGGGGAAGAUCCAGUGACGCAGACAGUGGAGUAAUUAAAGACCCUUCUGGUCUGCCCCGACCACACUAACAGCAUGUACAUAGCUCAACGCUGCACUCACACAUGUUGUCACCCACGCUCCACAGCACUAACACACACACACGUUACUCACCAGCCCCCCCCACGUGUGCGUCCACACGCACAGCACUACCAGCGACUUGCUGAGAUGCACUUUUGAUUUAGUUUUUUGAUUUGUCCCGAGGAGAGCCUGGACAUCUCCAGCUCUGCCCUGGGACGUCUCCUCUGCAUGCACGGUGUGAUCUGCAGCCGACCACACGCACACGCACACGCUCACGCUCACGCUCACGCACACCACCCCAGAGAUCUUUUUGAUGUUGCUAUUUAUUACUCUCUUUUAACGAGUGAGCCAUCCUAUCAGGACGUCCCCUCUGGAGUUGGACACACUGUAACAUACCACAGCCUCGCGUCUAUGAAUAUAAGUGUUGGUGCCCCCCUGCAUGGCUCACCCGUCAGCGGCGUUUAAAGCGUAGCGUUCUUCUUCGCGUGCACUAAUAGAGCUGCAGUGAUGUGUGCGUCCGCACUGCUUCUGCUUCUGCUCUCUGCUGCCAAAUGGUCGUAUAAUCUUAAAGGUGUUUGUUCUGUAUCAUUUUGUUUACAUGCAAAAAAUGAAAUAUCACAAAUUCUACUAUUUAAAAAAAGUCAAAUGCAAAGUGACAAAAGGAAACGUGAGUAUUAACCUGAGAAGUGACGUCGAAGGAAUGUAUUAAUGGAGUAAACAUGAAGAGAGCUUCAGUGCACAAACUGUGUGAAUGUUAAGUUGUUGGACUUGUACAGGUGUGUGUCUCCCCCCCCCCCCCCCUCUGGUCUGUCUUCACAUUUACAUUCCUGUGCAUCCCAGAUGACCUGGAGCUCUGUGUUUGUUCUGCUGCCGUUGUUCCCAGUGUUACUCUCCGGAGCAGGAUCACCUCCACUCACCUCUGUAUUGUUCCUGCCUCCUUGUAAACCUGCCAAAUGAAGAUAUUUAAUAAAUUAUGUAAGUUAUAUAACCGUGAGUUCACUACUUGUUCUCCCUCGUGGCAUUUGCUGAAAACUCUAAAUAUGUUUGUGUAGAAGCUUGGUGUGACAAUAAAGCUUUUUCAUGUGCUCUUA